AGCAAUCUAAGAGAAAAUAACAUCACAGUAGCUUUAGGUGUAUUCGCGUUAGAACCUCUAGAUAGCAACACUGGCGCUGUUGGUGGAGUGGAUGAUGAACGGGCACGCAAUUUUAUACACCGGGGUCACUUUGGCCUUCUGGGCGACCAUCCUGAUCGUCGGUAUUUGCUAUACGAUUUUUGACCUUGGAUUUCGAUUUGAUGUAGCAUGGUUUUUAACAGAGACUUCUCCAUUUAUGUGGGCUAAUCUUGGAAUUGGCCUGGCCAUCUCUCUAUCUGUUGUUGGAGCUGCAUGGGGGAUUUAUGUCACUGGGUCCAGCAUCAUUGGUGGUGGAGUCAAAGCCCCUAGAAUCAAGACCAAAAAUCUUGUCAGCAUUAUCUUUUGUGAAGCUGUUGCCAUUUAUGGGAUCAUCAUGGCAAUUGUCAUUAGCAAUUUGGCAGAGAACUUCACUGGUACGACUCCAGAGACUAUUGGGGAGAAGAACUACCAAGCAGGCUACUCCAUGUUUGGUGCUGGACUCACUGUUGGCUUUUCAAACCUCUUCUGUGGCAUCUGUGUUGGCAUUGUGGGCAGUGGAGCUGCCCUUGCUGAUGCUCAGAAUGCCAGCCUCUUUGUCAAGAUCCUCAUUGUUGAAAUUUUCGGCAGUGCCAUUGGACUGUUUGGAGUGAUUGUAGCCAUCUUGCAGGCAAGUAGUUUUCUAAAAGUACUAUAUAUGUUUCUUCUAGCCUUGCAAUAUUUUAAUGAGCUGUUGUGGUCAUGGCUCACUAAAGAAUAG